AUGCAGACAUUCUUGGAGGCUGUGCUGCUGGCACACGAGUCUCUACUUGGCUGCUGUCGAAAGCAAGGUUUUCCGGUGGCAACGCUGCCGCAUACGUCGCACUUCCUGCAGCUGCUGCCGCUGGCGGUCCAAUCGACCGCGGGGCGGCGAAGUGGGCUGCAGAUCUUGUGCCACCUAGCAGAGGAAAUGCCUGCAGAGCUACGAUCCUUCCUUGCCACUGAUGAGAAAGCAAGAGCCUGUGCAGUGGAGCUGGUGAAUGCUGGCAUAGCUGGCAGCAAAGUGCAACGACAAGCAGCAGAGAAGGUCCGAUCCAUCUUGUGA